UGACUCACGGCGAGCGAGAAUUUUGUUCUAACGUGAGUAACAACGCGCCGCACAGCGAAUUCUGCUGAUUGACGAAAAAAAACGUGCUUGAAGCUAAGUUAUUUAUUUACCAAAUUGAAAAACUCUUUUAACCGUGUUUCCCGGACGCUGCACUGCAGCAGACAGUUCUGCAACACCUCCUUCGGAUUCCUUGUGCACCGCACCAAAAAACGGCAAAUCCGCCUCAGAAAAGUGCGCCUCUAGUGAAUUAUCCGUUUCUCGGGCUUGUGCAAAUGUUAAUUUGAUAACAAUAGACGGCGGCGGUGCCUUAAUUUUAAUAAAAUUAAGAGAGACCGGCGGCAGCAACGUAUGCGUCGCAGAUUUUUUAUAAGAAUAACCUGCAUGUUUAAGCCCGAGUGUGUGUGAGUGAGCAUUAAAGAUGCGAGAAAACGUCAAUUAAUUGCAGCAACAACAACCGCACGGCGCAAAUAACGUGGGGGCAAAAGGUGCGAAUGAAGCGCAAGAAAAAGAAAAAUCAAUAGGAGCAAUAGAAUGCAAAUCGCCGGGGAACAUGUAUCGAUAUAUGGCCCAAGCCCCAAUCCAAGCCAAAACCAAAGUCACCAGGAACCAACGAGUCGGCGCUAUAAAUAAACAAAAAUAAUAUCACAAUAUCGGGGUGGUCCCUCUGCGUCGCCUACGCAGAUGAUGCGUUGCAAACGCCAAGUUGCGUAAUUGCCGCAGCCAAGUGUGCGAAUCCGAAUCCAAAUCCGCGCAAAAACAACAACCGACCAACUCGUAUUUCCCCGUUAAAGCGUUAGAACAAAGUGCGCGCCCAUAGUCUCCUCUCUAACAAGUGUGUGUGUGAGUUAACCUCGGUGUAAGUGUAGGUUUUUUGCCUACAACAACAACAUGGCCGCCGCAACAGAUGGCUCUGCCAGGGCGGCCGCAGCAGCAGCGGCGUCGACGACGCCGAGAACAGCAGCAUCCAACGGCAGCGGUCUAACCGGCAAACCACCCGGACCCGCCGCUUCCUCACCUCCUGCUGCAUCCACCUCCGCUGGACUUCCCGCCUCGGUCUCGCACUUCUACUACAAACACGGCCUCUUCCUGUCCAGCUACCCGACGUGCGCCUCCAGCAUCGCUUUCAUGGCGAUUCUACUUUCAUGCUAUCCGUUAAUCAACAUACCGUUACCGGGGACAAUACCCACCAAGAUUGUGCUGCCCUAUGAAGCAGAGUCUGGGUCUCUCACGGUACACAAUCACAGUGGCUCCACAAUUACGCCGCCCGUCCCCGGAGAUCCCCCGCCAGUCGGACACGCCCAGCCUCUCAAUAGCACUGUUACGGACCGCGGACCACCUCCCCUGUUGCCGUGGGCGCAAAGCAGCCCUGCCUUUUUUUACGUUCAGCAAAUAACGCUCCGAACCUGCGUUCUCCCGUGGACCGAAGGGAUGCAGUUGAUGGAUGCGUUCCGAGCGCCGCUAUACGAAGUUUUUAAAUUACUCGAAAUUGUGCGUAAUCACCAGAGCAGCGAGAACCAGCGCACCCUGGAGCACAAUUGCCUGCAUGUGGAGAACGUGAAGCGCGGGACGCACGGGCAGCUGGAUCAGAUCUUCCCCGAGUACGGCUGCCUGCUGCUCUCGCCAGCCAACCUGUGGACGCAGAAUGCCCAAAACUUCACUCGUGACACCAACAUCCUGAACACGAUAUUCCAGUACCAUAAUCUGCAAAAGUCGAAAGUUUCCGUCGCGGAAAUGCUUUUUGGCGUACCCAUGCAAGACACGGGCUUUAAGCGUUAUCCCUUGCGCGCUCGUUCGCGGAUCAUACAGUACGCCCUUACAUUGGUCCUCAAGCACAACGAUGUGGAGUACCUGGAAACGCUUAAGGAAAAGCUGCAGCGACACUACCCGCCGCUGCCAAUGGCUUCGUCAGCAAGCGCAUCCGCGGAGGAGCCAUCGACGGUUACGUACAUAUUCUACCCGGGAGAGUACAGGAUGUGGGAGUUGGUCCCUUACACGGUGGCCUUUAUGCUUGUAUUUGCGUACGUCUACUUCUCGGUCCGUAAAAUCGACGUGUUUCGCUCCCGCUUUUUGCUGGCCCUGUGCAGCGUGAUCACCACGGCCGGGAGUUUGGCCAUGUCCCUGGGCUUGUGCUUCUUCUUCGGCCUGACAAUAUCACUGCAGUCAAAGGACAUAUUUCCUUAUCUGGUCAUCUUGGUGGGACUAGAAAACAGCUUGGUGAUUACGAAGAGUGUAGUGUCCAUGGACGAAACGUUCGACGUAAAAAUCCGCGUGGCGCAAGCCCUUAGCAAGGAGGGCUGGCACAUCUCCAAGACACUGCUGACGGAGAUCACAAUUCUGACCAUUGGCCUCGCCACCUUCGUGCCAGUCAUCCAGGAGUUUUGUAUCUUUGCCAUAGUGGGCCUGCUCUCGGACUUUAUGCUGCAAAUGCUGCUCUUCUCCACUAUCCUGGCCAUGAACAUUAAGCGUGCGGAGUACACGACGGAGGCCAAGCACCUUCCCAAGAUGCUGCUGAGCUGCACCCAGGGAGCGGGUCGCCACGAUUUUCGCUUUUUUGGUGCCGCCGCAACGGUGCCACCUUUUGUGCCGGGCACCUUUCAGCGCUCGCAGUCGCACCCAAAGCUGUGUUUUGCAGACUCCGCUUCUGUAAACGAUCGGACCAGCUUGGGUAACGGCCACUCGCCGCAGGAACAGCGAAUCCCGAAGCGAAUUAAGAUUGUGAACUUUUGGGCGCGCACCCGUUUCUUUCAGCGAGCCUUCAUGAUAUGGAUGAUUGUGUGGAUUUGCUCCAUAGUGUACAACUCGGGGUGCCUGGAGCAGCUGUUUAGCAUGCAGAGCAACGGCACGAUGACGGCAACCCUUGAGCUGCAGAGGCGCCUACAGGCAGGUCGUGGAGCCGUCAGCAGCUUUUUUGAGGGAUGGCAGGCUGACUGGCAGCGGGCGGCGACUAGUGCUCCCAGUAGCAGCGGGCAUUCGACUCCACUACAAGCUCCUAUCGAGAACGAUGUCAACGAUACGGCCGACGAAAUGCUGCGCCUGCGCUACCCAAACUUUGACUUGAACUAUUUUCUCUCGAAUUUCCACUGGUCCACAAUUAUGAAGCAAUACAAUGUCUCGCUGAGCGGGCACUACGUAACCCUGCUGCCAACGAUUCGGCUCAGCCAUGCCAUAGCGCCAGAGUUAGCCACGCUGCUGCGUAAUCCGCAGGAGCAGCUGCAGCAGAACUUUCAGUGGAAGGCCUUGGCAGCUGCCCUCGACCCUCUUGACUUUAACGAUGACGACGUGCGUCGCGAGUCCCCGAUGGUUAUGCCCGGCGGGAUGCCCCUGGUUCCCAAGAGCCCUAUGGAAAUAUUUUUCGCCAUCCUUUUGUGCUGCAUCAGCAUAUUCGUGCUCUGCUACACGAUGGUGGUUUUCUACCGCUGCAUCUGCACUAGAAACUAUGCCGAGUGGCGCUCCAGUUGGCACGAGUCCGAGGCGCCGUACAAGCAGACUGAGCAGAUUCUUGAGGGUGUGCCCACGCAGAUCGCCGGCCACAAACACCGCAUUGAGUGCCUGGUCUCGGAUGGUGCCUACAUCAUUAGCUGCUGUCUUAAGGGCCAAAUCCGGGUGUGGGACGCACGCAGUGGCGAGCGGUUAACGAACAUCGCCCGCUCCGACAUCCAGAUAUCUCAGCCGCGCCCGGAUGGCCAGACGCUGGUAAGAAAGCUGGCCGUGUCACCGGUGUGGUGUCUGGACUAUUUUGACAACCUCAUCGCCGUGGGCUGUGCCAACGGGCGCGUUGAGUUGUGGGAGUCGCCUGCCGGACUACUUAAGUGCGCCUACCAGGAAGACGCCAAGAGGAACCAGGGAAUAACCCACAUUCACCUUAACGGCGAUCGCGUAAUUGUCGCUCGUCUGAACGGGCGACUGGACUUCUAUCGCUUAGAAACUUACUACAAGGGAAAACAGAUCGACUGGGGCUUUACCUCGGCCUACAGACGCACUCAUGUGCGAACUGGAUCCACAGGAAGUUUGGGCCUAAUAAUGCAGCAGCAGCGCUGCCAGCAGGAUGCCACUCAGAAGACCACAAAGGAGGAGAUGAAAAUCACGUUGGAGGGCGUCCGGCUAGCCCAUCAGCAACCAAUCACCUGCAUGCAGGUGGUUAAUGACAUGGUCUUCACAGGCAGCCAGGAUCACACACUCAAGGUCUAUUGUCUUAACAAGUCGGAUGUGGAGUAUACGUUGCACGGUCACUGUGGACCUGUGACCUGCCUAUUCGUGGACCGCUGGCAACCGGGCACCGGGGGCUCCGGCUCCCAAGAUGGGCUACUCUGCGUGUGGGAUUUGUUCACGGGCGCAUGCAUGUAUAACAUCCAGGCCCACGACGGCGCCGUCAGCUGUUUAGCCUGCGCCCCCAGCUAUGUGAUCUCCCUAGGUACGGACGAACGAAUCUGCGUGUGGGAGCGAUUCCAGGGCAACCUUCUGACCACAAUCAACAUUUCCAACGCGUACUCGAGUCUUUUGAUGCUAACACCGUCGCUUUUGGUGACCAGCAAAAUGGGAUCUCUUAUUGUGUGGGAUGUGCGAACUGGACAGCCGGCCCGCGAAGUCAAACUUGAUUUUGCCAACCUGCAACUCUGCCCUAAAAUUAUGAUGCUUGCCUGCGAUUCAGUAGUUUGCGACUAUGGAAAUGAGAUCCGCGUCGUACGCUUUCCUAUCGUAGCUGACAAGUGUCACUAAAGUGCAGGAGAAGAUGAAUUUUCACCCUCUAGCACCUAAAAAUAAGUUGACUCUCGGCUCUGAACCGCCUCGAAGCCACUGACGCAUUCACUAAUUUAUACAUUGCUGUCGCUCGCAGCAGUUUACUAUUUAAACAGAUGAAGUGUGCACAGCCUUCGCUAAACUUUCGUUUUAAUUUUUGGACACUGAGUGUAACAGCCGCCCGCUGAAAUAUAGGUAGGUUAAGGAACUAAACUAAAUGAAGAGAUGUACACACAUAUAUUUUCGCGUAACUAUAUUAACUACAUAGUGUCUUAAAGCGCCUCAGCAUAACAUAAAAUGACUACAAUUUUAAAUUUAAAAAUAUAUUUAUUAGAGUCACCUACGCUUAAUUUUCUAUACGAAAAGUAAAAUUUUUAAACAUCUUAUUGUUAUUAUUGAA